AUGGAUAAGACUGAUCUGCUUGUUCUUAUCGGGUUGACGCUAGUUGUGGUUCUCUACCUGAAGAGGGAGACCAUCAAGUCGUUUAUCAGCGAGCUGCUGUUUGCGGAGGAGGACAGUGCUACAACUGUUUCUACAUCCUCUCGUGAUAUUGCUGAAGUUGUCAAUGAGCAUGGCAAGAACUACGUUGUGUUCUACGCUUCGCAGACUGGUACUGCUGAAGACUAUGCCAAGAAGUUUGCCAAGGAGUUGACCGCUAAGUUUGGUCUGAAUGUUAUGUGUGCCGAUGUCGAGUACUUCGACUUCGAAACUCUGAAUGAUCUGCCUGAUGGCUGUGUGGUGUCUUUCUUUGUGUCUACUUAUGGUGAAGGUGACUUCCCAGACGGUGCUGUCCACCUCGAGGACUUCUUGUCCAACUGUGGCACCACCGACUUGGAAAACGUGAACUUUACUAUCUUCGGUUUGGGUAACUGCACUUACGAGUUCUUCAACGGUGCUUCCAGAAAGUGUAACAAGUACUUGCUGGAGGCCGGUGCCAAACAGAUCGGUGCCGCUGGUGAAGGUGACGACGGUUCUGGCUCCACUGACGAGGACUACUUGGCUUGGAAAGACGCAAUCCUGGAAGAAUUGAAGAGCAAACUGAAACUGGACGAACGUCAAGAGAAGUUUGUGCCUUCUUUCAAGUUGGAGACCUUGGAAACUGUCACUGAGAAGACCUCCCUCGGUGAGCCCUCUUUGCAAUACUUGCCUGCUAACAAGCUCUCUUUCAACGACGAAGGUGUCCAAUUGGGCCCAUUCGACCUGUCCCAACCAUACGUUGCCCCUGUCGCCAAGUCCUACGAGUUGUUCAAGUCCGGCGACCGUAACUGUAUCCACUCCGAAAUCGAUGUCUCUGGCUCCAACAUUAAGUACACCACCGGUGAUCACUUGGCUAUCUGGCCAUCCAACGCCAACGAAAAGGUAGAACAAUUCUUGCAACUGUUCAACUUGAAAGGUGACACCAUCUUCAACUUGAAACCUCUUGACUCUACCAUUAAGGUCCCAUUCCCUUGCCCAACUACCAUCGAAGCCACUGUCAGACACUACUUGGAAAUCACCGGCCCUGUCUCUAGACAAUCCUUCGGCUCUUUGAUCCAAUUUGCUCCAAACGAAGAAAUCAAACAGAAGCUGACCGCUUUGGCCAAGGACAAGGACCUUUUCGCCAAAGAAAUCACUGCCAAAUGUUACAACCUUGCUGAUGCCUUGCUAUACGUCUCCAACGGCCAACCAUGGUCCACUGUCCCAUGGGAAUUCUUGAUUGAAGCUAUGGCUCACAUCCAACCUCGUUACUACUCUAUCUCCUCUUCUUCCUUGUCCGAAAAGCAAACCAUCCACAUUACCUCUGUUGUUGAAAACUCUCCAAACCCUGUUGACCCAUCUCUACCACCAGUUGUAGGUGUUGCUACCAACUUGCUGAGAAACGUGCAACUUGCCAAGAACAACGAAGAUACUUCCUCUAUGCCUGUCCACUACGAUCUAAACGGUCCUCGUAACCUAUUCCAAGGCUACAAGCUUCCUGUCCACGUCCGUCGUUCCACUUUCAGAUUGCCAACCAACCCAUCUACCCCAGUCAUCAUGAUUGGUCCAGGUACUGGUGUCGCCCCAUUCCGUGGUUUCGUCAGGGAAAGAGUUAAGUUCGUUGAGCAACAAGAAAACGUCCAACUUGGUAAGCAUUUAUUGUUCUAUGGUUCCCGUAACACUGACGACUACCUAUACAGAGAAGAAUGGCCAGAAUAUGCUAAGAAGCUUGGUGCCUCCUUUGAGAUGAUUGUGGGCCAUUCCAGAAUCCCAGGUCAACCAAAGGUCUACGUCCAGGACAAGAUCAGAGAACACGCACAGGAAGUUUUGAAGCUGAUUCAUGAAGGUGCUUUCUUAUACAUUUGUGGUGAUGCUAAGAACAUGGCUCAAGGUGUCAACGCUGCACUAGUCGAUAUUCUGUCUGAAGACAAGAAGAUCACAAAGGAAGAAGCUUCUGAAAUGAUAAAGAUGUUGAAGACUACCGGCAGAUUCCAAGAAGAUGUGUGGUAA